AUGAGAUGGGACAUCUUAUUGAGUAAACCAGGAAACUCCUUGUCUUACGAGUUAGAGUGAACAAUAAGUUAUAAGCAUGUUAUUAAUCAGAGAAAUUCUUUCAGCAAGUUUCUUACGUUCAUAUCAAUAUUUUAUCUCAAGCCUAGUUUACAAAGCUCAUGAAUAAUCUUGCAUUAAUUUAAGUCAACUUGUAUAAAUAUUAGAUAAUAUUUUCAGUUAGAGAGUUGUGAAACUAGAAGUCGUUUUCAAACAGUUUUGAAAAUUGAAUACUGGUAAAAAAUUAAAUUUUUAACCGGAAAUUGGCAGAAAGUAAGAAUAGCAAAGACUGCAAAGCUAAUUCGACUAGGUAAAAAUUUAGUAAAAGUUUCCAAAACCUGCUGAUACAUCUCGUCUAUAGUUAAAACACUAAAUUUCAACUGCUAAAUUAACCAUUCAUGAAGGCCGGAUGACAAUACUCCAUACUUAGUUUUCUAAGGUUAAAUGUUCCAGAAAGUGAGCACUUGACUAUGAGGAUUAUAAUAAAACAUU